AUGGAUUAUUCACUUCUUCAUCAGUAUCUUAGCACCAUCUUAACUGCAGGUGUUUUCUUCUUACUUUUUAAUUUCUACUAUCGAAUUAAAAAGGCCAAAGUCACCAAGGGCCAAAAAGCACCUGAACCCGCCAGUGCAUGGCCUAUAAUCGGUCACCUUCCUCUCUUUGCAACCCAGCUUCUCCACAAGAAAAUGGGAGAAAUAGCAGACGAGUAUGGCCCAAUUUUCACCUUGCGACUUGGGAUGCAUUCAGCUGUGGUGGUCAGCAGCUGGGAGAUGGCUAAGGAAUUGUUCACCGCCAACGACAUGACAGUGUCCUCUCGCCCCCCAAUGGUAGCUGCAGAACACUUGGGCUACAACUAUGCCAUGUUUGGCUUGGCCCCAUACACCGCAUAUUGGCGCGAGAUACGCAAGAUAGCGACUUCAGAGCUUCUUUCCAACCGCAGGCUUGAGCUACUCAAGCAUGUUAGAAUCUAUGAAGUGGAGACAUCCUUGAAAGAGCUUUACAAGCUUUGGACACAGAGAACGAAUGGCUUAGGCCAAGUUAAAGUUGAGUUGAAGCAAUGGCUUGGGGACUUAAAUCUAAACGUGAUUCUUAAGAUGAUUGCAGGGAAGACGUACUUCGGUGCUAGUGCAGUGGAUGAUGAGAAGGUGGCACGGCGGUGGCAGAAGGCUAUGAGGGAAUUCUUUCACUACUUGGGGAUUUUUGUGGUGAGGGACGCUGUUCCUUUUCUCGGGUGGCUGGACUUGGGAGGACAUGAAAAGGCCAUGAGGAGAACUGCACUAGAAUUGGACAGUAUCAUUGGGGAAUGGUUAGAGGAGCAUAAGAGGAACAGAGCUUCUGGUGAAGCUAGAGAAGAGCAAGACUUCAUGGACGUAAUGCUUUCGGUUCUUGAGGACAAAAGCAUUGCAGGUUACGAUGCUGAUACAAUCAACAAAGCCACUUCCUUGAGUCUGAUUGCAGCCAGCAGUGACACCACCACAGUUGCCAUUACAUGGGCACUCUCGCUACUGCUAAACAACCAGCACGCAUUGAGUAAGGCCCAAGAAGAGCUGGACAUAUGUGUUGGUAAAAAAAGACUAGUGAACGAUGCAGAUAUUAGCAAGCUGGUCUAUCUUCAAGCGAUAGUUAAAGAGACACUCAGGUUAUAUCCACCUGCACCGCUCAUACCCCGCCAAUUCACAGACGAUUGCACCAUAGGUGGCUACCAUAUCCCAAAAGGAACUGCACUCAUAUUGAACUUUUGGAAGAUCCACACAGACCCUCGCGUGUGGCCUAAUCCAAUGGAAUUCAAGCCAGAGAGAUUUCUGACGACGCAUAAGAACAUUGAUGUGAAGGGUCUAAAUUAUGAAUUGAUCCCAUUUGGCAGCGGUAGAAGACAAUGCCCUGGAGUAUCUCUUGGGCUUCAAAUGGUGAGCCUGAUAUUGGCCAGUAUUUUACAUGCAUUUGAAAUUUCAACUCCAGAAAACGCACCGAUUGAUAUGACUGAAAGCACUGGAUUAACCAACAUGAAAGACACCCCGCUUGAAGUUAUUCUUUCACCAAGAUUGCCUCCUCAUAUUUAUGCGUAAUAGCAUUUAGUAUAAAUAUUAAUUAGUAGCCCAGAAUUAAAUAAUCGUAAUAAAGGCCUGCUUGUUUGUGAAAUAAUAGGAUAAUAUAGCAAAGAUCAUUGUAU